AUGAGCACCGCAUUAUGGCGGAACUUACUGGCCACGAGCCAGUUGCCAUGCUCUAUCAGCGAAAGACAAAUCAAAAAGUACACAAUACCAGGUGAUUCAAAGGUCUUUGAGAGGACUACCGGUCUAGUCCUGUGGAGGUUCAGACCUGGUCCCAAGGUCCCCCAGGUAUCUGAUUCAGACUAA